CUCUGCUGUUUGCCUGUGAGCGCCGUAUCAGUGCGUGUUUGACUCUAUUACUCGCUUCUGCUUAUUUUGACUUUCUGGAGAGGAGAAGACGCAGAGGAUAACAGAAAUGAUGGAGGCAUCUCUGCCUGUGCACGGGCAGGAGUGCCCUGGCCGGCAGGCCAAUUGUUAGCCAUGCUGCGACAGCAAGAACCCACAGUCAGCACCCUGCAUCUGGUGGCCAAUGAUAUGACGGAUAUCAUGGAGAACUUGGAUACGCGAGAACUCGACAUUGGCGAUGGGGAAGAGGAGUUUGACGGCCAGGACCCUAAUAGUGCAGAAAACCGCAUCCUCUUCUCAGCUGUGUAUAAAACAAUAGGCUUCAAAGAAUCCGGAGCGCGUGUUUUUCUUACUGCGUUUCCCAUCACGGCCAAAAUCCUGGAGGUGGAACGCUUCACUUCUGCCCAGGAUCGCUUCAACGUCACCUCCCAGAGAAGCGUCUCUAAGGUGCUUCCUGCAGUGUUUAAGAUAGAGAUGAGACACGGAAACUUCACUUGGUUGAUAAAAAGGAAGGAGAAACAUUUUAUGGAGCUUCACAGGGAAUUACGUACCUACAAGACCUUCCUCCGAAUUCCACUGCCAUCCCGCAGUCAUGCAGAGCGAAGGCACACUAUAAACAGGAACCUUGAAAGGAACAUGCCAAGUCUGCCCCGGGGAGGGGGUGAAGAACUGGCCAGGGAAGAGCAAGUCUCUAGUCGAAAAAGACAACUCGAAGACUACUUGAAUAAGCUGCUUAAAAUGCCAAUGUACAGAAACUACCAUGCAACAAUGGAAUUCAUUGACGUGAGUCAACUGUCCUUCAUUUAUGAUUUGGGACCAAAAGGCUUGGAAGGCAUGGUUCUCAAAAGGUCAGGGGGUCAUCGUAUUCCUGGGCUGAACUGCUGUGGUCACAGCAAAAUGUGCUACCGCUGGUCCAAACGGUGGAUGGUGGUGAAGGACUCUUGCCUACUCCUCAUGAAGCCAGACACAGGUGCCAUCUCAUUCGUCCUGCUAGUGGAUAAGGCGUUCGGCAUCAAAAUGGACACUAAAGACACUGAGACAAAGCAUGGUGUCCGCAUAGACAGUCUGUCCAGGACUCUAGUUCUGAAGUUCACGAGUUACCGUCACGCCCGCUGGUGGGGGCAGGCCGUCGAUGAAUUUGUGCGCAAGUACAGCAGCAAUUUCCUUAAGGAUCACCGUUUUGGUUCCUUCGCCAAUGAACAGAAGAAUAUCCCAUCGAAAUGGUAUGUGAAUGGGAAGCAGUACAUGGAGGACGUGGCGAAUGCGCUGGAGGAGGCGGAGGAGGAGAUCUUUAUCACCGACUGGUGGCUGAGCCCUGAGAUCUUCCUCAAGAGGCCCGUCGUCGAGGGCAACCGCUGGAGACUCGAUUCCAUUCUAAAACGGCAAGCGCAAAAAGGUGUGCGGAUCUUUGUCAUGUUGUACAAGGAGGUGGAACUGGCUCUUGGCAUUAACAGCGAAUACAGCAAACGGACACUACUCCAACUUCACCCAAAUAUCAAGGUAAUGAGGCAUCCUGACCACGUCUCCUCUUCCGUGUACCUGUGGGCGCAUCAUGAGAAGAUCAUAGUCAUUGACCAAUUGGUGGCUUUCGUGGGAGGCAUUGAUUUGGCGUACGGGCGCUGGGAUGAUCAGGAGCAUCGGCUGACUGACAUAGGAAGUGUAACCAGGACUCUUCCGGUGUCUGCAGAGAACCCUUCUGAAGGCUCUCCUGCUGUGGCCUCUCAGUCAAACGGGCCCAGCACGGUGCAGACUAACGGCAAAAGUUUGCCUGCUGACACAGCGGACCAGCCCAAACUAAAAGGACAUGGCAAGAUCAAGAAGACCCGAUUCAGCAUCCGCAGGCACCUGCAGAAACACGGGCUGGCGCCUGCAGACAGCGUGAGCAGCGUCGAGAGCUCUGAAGAAAAGACCGAAGCGGCACAGGAUCUGCAAGCAGAUGUGAUUGGCCUGAUGGGAAACACACGGUUCUGGCAUGGCAAAGAUUACUGCAACUUUGUUCAUAAGGACUGGGUCCAGUUGGAUAAACCUUUUGAUGAUUUCAUCGACAGGCACAUAACUCCCAGAAUGCCUUGGCAUGACAUUGCCUCUGUGGUUCAUGGGAAAGCAGCCAGAGAUGUUGCACGGCACUUCAUUCAGCGCUGGAAUUUCACAAAGAUCAUGAAGCCCAAAUACAGAUCCCUGUCAUAUCCGUACCUCCUUCCUAAAUCUCACACUACUGCGAAUGAGAUCAAGUAUCAGGUCCCUGGCUGCACCCAGACUAAUGUCCAGGUGUUACGAUCCGCCUCGGACUGGUCAGCGGGAAUAAAAUACCAUGAGGAGUCGAUUCAUGCAGCUUACGUCAACGCAAUUGAAAAUAGUGAACACUAUAUUUACAUAGAGAACCAGUUCUUCAUAAGCUGCGCGGACAACAAAGUUGUUCACAAUAAAAUCGGAGAUGCCAUCGCCAAGAGAAUCAUAAAAGCAUAUCGGGAUGGUAAAAAGUACCGUGUGUAUGUGGUCACACCACUGCUUCCUGGGUUUGAGGGGGACAUCAACACUGGAGGAGGCAGUGCCAUACAGGCAGUCAUGCACUUCAAUUACAGGACCAUGAUUAGAGGAGACUGCUCUAUUAUCUCUCAGCUGAAGAAAGAAAUGGGUGAUCAGUGGAUAAAUUACAUCUCAUUUGGGGGGCUGAGGACCCACGCUGAGCUGGAGGGAAGGCUGGUGACUGAACUGAUAUAUGUGCACAGCAAGAUGCUCAUUGCCGACGACAAUACCGUCAUCAUUGGUUCUGCCAAUAUCAAUGACCGGAGCAUGCUGGGUAAAAGAGACAGUGAGGUGGCCGUCAUUUAUGAGGAUAUCCACACCGUGAAAUCAGUGAUGGACGGUCAGGAGUAUCAGGCCGGACGCUUUGGAUUGAGCCUGCGGAUGGAGUGUUUCAGGAUGAUUCUAGGCGCCAACACUGACUCUAGCAUUGAUGUGACGGAUCCUAUCAGUGACCAGUUUUACAAGGAGGUGUGGAUGGCCACCGCUGCCCGCAAUGCAACCAUCUACCAGAAGGUGUUCCGCUGCUUGCCGUCCAGUGAUGUCCGGUCUAUUUUGGAGCUGGAUGGCUUCCUCUCUAAGCCUGGUUUGGAGAAGGAAGACCCUGCUCGUGCACAAGAAGAGCUUAAGAAAAUUCGAGGCUUUCUGGUGCAGUUCCCUCUCCAGUUCCUCAGCGAGCAGAACCUCCUCCCACCCAUCGGCUCAAAAGAAGCCAUGGUGCCCAUGGACGUGUGGACCUGAGAGAACCUGUCCACAUCACACGAAUUAUAUAAUAAACUGCAAAUCUAGCAGAUUAUAUUAUAAUGAACAUUUCUGAGACAGAAAAUGAGAUCUGGAGGAGCUUCAGCCAUAAGUUGUUUACCCACCUGGAAUCAAAGACUCCAGACUGGUUUGUUUCAUCCCUGUUUGAAGCUUGGUUGUUUAUAUAUUCUAACACUAUGCAACUAAUAUUAUUUUUUAUGAACUAUUCUCAUGAAUUCUACAAAAAUGGUGAUAUGGUGAAGACUUUGGUGUCUUCGGACACUGCUGUAUUUUGGUUUGAGUUGAACAGUUUUGUGCCCUGUAACAUGCACUGAAUAUGUGUUAUUCUCUGCAUUUAAGUGCCAACUAUGUCUGUGUAACUUUUUCAUCUUUUCUCUAUAUGAAGUGCAAACAUUCCAUGUGUUACUAUAUCUUAAGGUAAGUUUUGAUUCUGUAAUAGUGGACAUGAUCCAUUAAUUGUUGCUUUCCUAUGGUACAAAUUGCCAUGUUUUGGUGGCCUUAUUUGUUUACUGUGUUUUUAAUGCUGGGUAUGAACUGAAAUCCACCAAAGCAUUUGUCUAUUAUGACCAAAUUAAAUUGACUAGUAUUUAGAUUUAUUCCCAUUACUUGUCUAUAUUGUACAGUAUACUGUAAAAACAUCCUAUGCCUGGAGCUUUAAUGAAGUUUACUAACCGUUCUUGAAGUAAUGCAACCAUUAAUCAUCACAUUCCAUUCAGAAGUACUGAAUCAACUACAACUGCUACGGUUUAAAUAAACUGUUCAGGAUUUCCAUGUCACUGUAAAGACUGCAGCAUGUGUGUCCCGCAUUCUGAAUAUGCAGCAAGUAUCUUCAACAGUUGUUAGCCAAGCACUCAAAUUUCUGCACUGUUGACUGUGUAUCUGCACUUUUCAAGUAGUCCCCCCCCAUAAAUUGCAUUUUUGCACAAAAUAUGAGUAUCGUCAAGAACACAAAUGAUUUGUGUUGGGAUGUUUAUUAAAUAUGUGAAUUGAUGUUAUACAGAUGAUUAAACAAUGAUUUUCACACUA